AUGGAUACUCUUUCGCCAAAUCUUGACGACUUGUCCAACAGGGUUUCAAAGGCUGUGCAGGAGAUACAAAAAUUCCUCACUCAGCAUGGCAAGUCUUUGUCGUUUGAUCAACAACAACCCUCCCCCUUUUCGAUAGAAACGACGGAAUUCCGUCUCUCUCGCAUGGCACUUUUUGAUGCUGCAUCAACUUUGAUGCAUUUGGCUUUAAGCCCGGCGGAAUCCAUUUUGAUCCAGAACUCCCAGGCAUGUUCUCUUGCACAAACCGUUGCUUGUAUUCGAUACAAGUUUGCGAGUUUUGUUCCCCUCGAUGGCUCUAUCAGCUAUUCAGAUAUUGCAGCCCAUACGGGAUUGAACGAUAAUACAGUUGAACGAGUCUUUGGUCUUCUCAUGAUAGCCCAUUACUUCUACUCGCCUCGUCCGGAUUAUGUGGCUCAUACCAACUUAUCUAGACUGAUGGCCGUAGACGACAGGUUUGAGGCUCUGAUCGGCCUUGAAUUUGAAGAUCUUCACCUGUGGACAAGCAGUAUUCCAGAUGCAUUGGCUAGAUGGGGACCAAGUGGAGAGAUAACGGAGACCGGCCUCAGCAUUGCAACUACCAAGGGUGCAGCCACUAUCACUCCGACCACCUUCUGGGACCACCUGGAGAAGAAUAAAGCAUCCUAUGAUCGAUUUACUGAUGGUAGUGCCUAUCUCUACGCCAGUGACAAGUUCUGGACGCGUGAAAUCGAAGAGGGAUUUAAUUGGUCGGCUGCUAACAAUGCCACUGUCAUUGAUGGAUAUCGUAAUCACCAGAUUGGAGGGUCUCGAGGACAAGCAUCAAUAGCACUAGCCAGAAAAUUCCCCGAGCUCCAGUUUAUUGUCCAGGACUAUGCACAUGUCUGCAAGGAGGGCGAGACAGCUUUGCCUCAUGAACUUCAUGAUCGCAUCAAAUUCGAAGCUCACGACCUGUUUCAGCCUCAGUUGAAGGUUGGAAAUCAAAAGACUAUCUUUCUUUUGCGGACCAUUCUCCAUGACUGGAGCGACAAGUAUGCCUGUUACAUUCUUCGAGCCAUUAUCCCUGCAAUGAAACCCGAAGAUCGCAUUGUGCUUGUUGAGAUGAUCAUGCCGGAGCCUGGAGACGGUGGAGAGAUUCCUCAAAGACUGGUUAGAAUGUGCGAUAUGGAAAUGUGGGCAACCUUCAAUUCGUUGGAGCGGACGUCCCGUCAAUUCAAGAUGCUCGCCGAAAAUGCGGAUUCCAAGCUUAAGAUCGUCAACACCUACACCCCAAGUUGGGGUGGUUUGUCAACCAUCGAGAUUGCUCUCGAAGAUUGA